GGUUCAACGUCACUUCGUCCCGUUUGUUUUUCAAUCCACGUGUGUAAAGAAAUGUGCUGAUAUUUUUUUAAUCCAGACAUUUAUUUCUGACUCGGUGCGGAACCUCGGUUUACGUGAAGACAUGAACCUCGCCGCGAAGGACUCUUACAUUCAGAAACUUGCAAGUAAAGUCAUUUCUCAGAGAGAGGAGCCAAGGAACAGGGCGUUUGUUUUUUUCAAGGGUAAAAGCGACACCGAUCCUCUAAGCAAGAAGAAAAAGAAACUAAAGAAGAAGAAUGUGAAAGAGAACAGCACUGAUAAGUCUCCCAAACCCCAACAGAAGCGGAGUCCUUCUCCAGCAGCUCCAAAAAGCAUUGGGAAGCCAAAGUCAACUACUGGAAGUUUGAACGGAAGCACGUUGCACACACCUAAAGACGCAAGCUUCUCCACUGUGGAUGCAUUGCGCAAAAGACUCCAUGAGAAGAUUGAGGAGUCCAGAGGGCAGGGAGCGCCGCAGGAUGCAUUAUCAGAAGCCGUCAAGGCAAAGCGCGCAAAGCGAAAGAUGGAACGGGAGCGCAAGAAGAGGAAAAGGAAAGAGUUUCUGAUGAAGAAACUUGCAGAACAAAGCGGCCAGGAACAGCCUGCGGAGAUAAAAGAAGAACCGAUCGCUCCAAUCGCUCCUGCCGCGGAAAAAAGGGUUACCUCGGCUGUUGUCUUUAACAAAGUAGAGACGGUGGAGAAGGGCUAUGAAACCAAAAUUCAGGCAAAAAUGAAUAAAAAAAAGGGCGAAAAAGGUAAAAUAACGCCACUGACCGGGAAGAACUACAAGCAGCUUCUGAGCCGAGUGGAGGCUCGCAAGGAGAAGCUGGAGCGGCUGAGAGAGAAGGACGAGACGAAGGCUUCUGAGUUGGAAAACAAGAUCAAAUGGACCAACUUGCUCUACAAAGCCGAGGGCAUCAAGAUCAAGGACGACGAAGACCAACUGCGCGCCUCUUUGAAGAGGAAGGAGAAGAGGCGCGAGCAGAGGAAGAAGAAGUGGAAUAAUCGAAGCGAGAAUGUGAUUGAGAAGAUGCAGCAAAGACAGGACAAGAGGAGGAAGAACAUCCAGAAACAAAAGCAGGUUAAAAUGGAGAAGAAGAAGAACAGAGCGAGGAAGAAGGGCAGAGUGCUGCCCGAGGACCUGAAGAAAGCAGCAGUUUAGAGGAAGAGAAGUUCAUGUUCUCUUCAUACACUGCAAUGAAAAUGAGUGAAAUCUUGCAGUGAAAUGUUUAUUUUUACAAAAGUAAAGGAGUUAUUGUCGAGAUAAAGCCUCUUUGUUUUGUCAUACUAUAUAUACAUAUGUGCAUAAUAUUUCACAGCAUUUCACAUUUACCUAAAGGUUUUUGUUCUUGGGUUUCAAAAAUGUUCAAAACUUAAAUCGUAAAGUUGCUUUGUACAUAGUUGGCGCUCGAUAGACUUCUUUUCUAAACCGUUUCAUUGUUGGUGAUAAAUAUUAAGUUUCCCCUUGAACCAAAUGUGCACAAGUGAAUCUCAAAAGUGUAAACGUCCCUGUUAAAAAAGUGAGACUUUGACCAAUUAUUUUCAAAAUGACCACAAGUCAAUAACUUGAUGUGGCAUUUAUUUAAGUUGUCUCAAUUGUUUUUUUGUUUUUGCUUUGUCAGUCUGCUGUAGAAUGAUUAAAUGUAAACUUUGUGUUUUAGACUAUGAAAUAAUACAUUCAGAACUCUGGAAAUUUAAGUCUUGAAAAGUCUAGAUUUUUAUGUGGUAAGAUGUAUAGGAGAGAGAGACAUUAGGGGUAGGUUGUCAUCAAAUCUCAUUUUGACAGGUGCCACGCCCCUUUGACCUCUAUUUAACCCCCCCCCCCCCCCUCCUCCUCCUCCUCCCCCUCCCCCUUCUCCUCCUCCUAUUGAUUUUUUUCUUUUUAAAGAGUAAUACCAAUACAACAACAGUUAUUUAAUCAAGAAAAAUGUAUAUAAUUAUAUACUAUGCCUACUGAAGUUUUAAAUAGAUUUGGAAUGGAGAUGUUACUUCUGAUUCUGUGCCUGUGUUCAGCCUGGCCUACGAC